AUGACAGAUGAAGAAGAAAUUAGGCAAUUGAUGAUCAUGUAUGCUUUGAACGAUGGUCUUGCUGUCACAAAGCUAGUACAUGAAUUACCAUCACUACCAAGCUCAACAUUACCAAUGCCAUUAAUUACAAAUGAACUUGAAACAAUAUCGGAUGAUGAAUUUGAAUUCGAUUAUAAACAAGAACCUGUUAAUAAAUGGCCAAUUAAUGAAAUUAGUUAUGAUAUCGAUGUACAUGGAAAAAAUGAAUUUGUUAAAUUAUAUGAUGAUAUUAAAAUCGAUGACACACCAACAUAUGAUAUAUUAACCGGGAGUCAUGAUCGAAAUGAUUCUUUGGAAAUGAUUAGUGAUGAUGAUACUGAUGUUAUAUCUUUACCUGAAAUAAUGAGACUCCAUUUCCCUUUAAAUCAAAAUCAAGUAACAGAUCAUACACAAUCAUUAGAUUAUAGAAAUCAUCCAAAUAAAGGUCAUGCACGAAAUGAUCGUCAAAAUGAUAUUGAAAUUAUAUCGGAUGACGAUGAACAACAACUCACGAAUAAUAAUAAAUAUCAACAACAUUUAUCUGAUAAACCACUCACACGAAAUCAAAAGAAAAGCCGGAAAAAACGCGCUAAACGAUAUCGAUUUGAAAUAAUCCGAGAAAUCUAUCACGAAUUUACCAUUACGCAAAUUAAAAAUGUGUUAAUAUAUAUGAAUAUCCAUUAUGUUAAUAUCAAUGUUGUUGGUAAAUUAUUAUUUAUUGGAGUUAGGGAUGAAGCAACCCGACAAGACAUAGAACACAAAUUAGAUCAUCAUAUGUUCACGGAAGAACAUUACCAACGUAUUCACAAGAAAACAAAUCCACGGAAAAAACAAUAA